AAAUGCUGCUGGACCAAUCACAUCUGUGUUUACACCAUCACCUGUCAAACGCACACCCUCUGCUAGAUUUCUCUCAGUAAAGGAGCUAAAAAACAGACUCACACUGAAACGCCUACGGUAGCUGCUAACGGGACGGACUCUCUGGCAAUCGACCUUUGCAGUGGAAUAGCGGAAUAAGUCUUGAACCAUGAGCUCUGUGGCAGUUUUAACGCCCGAGAGCUUUGCGGAGCACCGCAGUGGCCUGAAGGACCAGGAGAUGAUGGGCUGUGUCCCGGAGGAUGAGGCUUACAUCCCCACUUACUUGGAGGCCUUCCCGCCACUGCCAGAGAAGGGGGCACCGGGGGAAAAGGCUGGGGAGGUAGCCCCUGCCUGGGGGGGAAAGAUCAGACCGAUCAAAGCUUCUGUCAUCACCCAGGUGUUUCAUGUGCCACUUGAGGAGCGCCGCUACAAGGACAACAGCCAGUUUGGGGAGGGUGAAGAGGCCAAAGUGUGCUUGGACAUCAUGCAGCGGACCGGAGCCCACAUUGAGCUGUCCCUGGCUAAAGACCAAGGCCUGUCCAUCAUGGUCACCGGAAAACUGGACUCUGUAAUGAAGGCUCGCAAGGAAAUUGUAGCACGACUGCAGACUCAGGCCUCAGCCACCAUCAGCAUCCCAAAAGAGCAUCAUCGCUUUGUAAUUGGGAAGAAUGGCGAGAAGCUGCAGGAGCUGGAGCUGAAGACGGCCACCAAGAUCGCUAUUCCACGCCCUGACGACCCCAGCGCCAACAUUCGCGUCACCGGCACUAAGGAGGGUAUCGAGAAGGCUCGUCAUGAGAUCCUUCUGAUCUCAGCUGAGCAGGACAAGCGUGCAGUGGAGCGCCUCUCCCUGGAAAAGGUCUUCCACCCCUUCAUUGCUGGCCCACACAACCGACUAGUGCAGGAGCUGAGUCAGGAGACAGGCGCACGCAUCAGCGUCCCCCCGCCCAGCCUGCCAAAAGACGAGAUUGUCAUCACUGGGGAGAAGGAGGGUGUUGCCUUGGCACUCAGCCGCAUUCGAGCCAUCUAUGACGAUAAGAAGAGGAAGACUACCACCAUUUCCGUAGAGGUGAAGAAGACGCAGCAUAAAUACAUUAUUGGUCCAAAGGGCAACACCUUGCAGGAAAUUCUGGAGGCUACAGGGGUGUCGGUAGAGAUUCCCCCACUAGAUUCAGGCUCAGAAACCAUCAUCCUCAGGGGGGAGCCUGACAAGCUGGGACCGGCCCUCACACAGGUCUAUGCCAAGGCAAAGAGUGUGAUGCUGGUGGAGGUGACGGCCCCGGCCUGGCUGCAUCGAUUCAUCAUCGGCAAGAAGGGACAGAACAUUGGGCGGAUAACACAGCAGCUGCCCCGGGUUCAUAUUGAGUUUACAGAUGGCGAGGAGCGUAUCAGCCUGGAGGGACCGACUGAGGAGGUAGAGCUGGCUCAGGACCAGAUACAAGAGAUCAUCAAGGACCUGCUUGUGAGGAUGGACUACACUGAGAUCAGCAUAGAUCAGCGUUUCCACAGACACCUCAUCGGGAAGAACGGUGCCAAUAUCAAUCGGAUCAAGGAACAGUACAAGGUAUCAGUAAGAAUCCCGCAGGACUCUGAGCGAAGCGGCUUGGUUCGGAUUGAAGGAGAUCCAAAAGGCGUCCAGUUGGCUCGCAGGGAACUCACAGAGAUGGUCCAAAGAAUGGAGAACGAGAGGACCAAAGACCUAAUUGUGGAGCACAAGUUCCAUCGGACAAUCAUUGGCCAGAAGGGAGAAAAGAUCAAGGAAGUUCGAGACAAGUUCCCUGAGGUUAUUAUCAACUUCCCUGACCCAGCGCAAAAGAGCAACAUUGUGCAGCUAAGAGGACCCAAAAGUGAGGUGGAGAAGUGUGCCAAGUUUCUUCAGAAGAUGAUUGCUGACCUGAUAGAGAACAGCUUUUCGCUCUCCAUUCCCAUAUUCAAGCAAUUUCACAAAAACAUUAUCGGCAAAGGGGGCGCCAACAUCAAAAAGAUCCGUGAGGAGACCAACACUAAGAUCGACCUGCCCACAGAAAACAGCAACUCUGAGAUGAUCGUCAUCACAGGCAAGAAGGGCAACUGUGAUGCUGCAAGAGAACGUAUCCUCGCCAUUCAGAGAGAAUUAGCCAACAUUAAAGAGGCAGAAGUCACCAUCCCAGCCAAGCUUCACAACUCCCUGAUUGGUUCCAAAGGCUGCCUGGUUCGCUCGGUCAUGGAGGAAUGUGGUGGCGUCCAUAUCCACUUCCCCUCUGAGGGUUCUGGCUCAGACAAGGUCACCAUCAGAGGGCCUGCUGGGGAGGUGGAAAAGGCCAAAAAGCAACUGCUGCAGCUGGCUGAGGAGAAGCAAGUCAACAACUUCACAGUUGAACUGCAGGCCAAACCCGAGUACCACAAGUUCCUGAUCGGCCGAGGCGGGGCCAAUAUCCGUCGCGUACGGGACAAGACAGGCGCCCGCAUCAUUUUUCCGUCGCCUGAUGACAUAGAGCAGGAAAUCAUCACCAUCGUUGGGAAAGAGGAAGCAGUUCGUCAGGCACAGAAGGAACUAGAAAGCCUGGUGCAAAACCUGGACAAUGUAGUGGAGGACAGCAUGGACGUAGAGGUCCGCCACCACCGCCACUUUGUGUGCCGGAGAGGUCAGGUUUUGCGGGAGCUGGCUGAGGAAUAUGGUGGUGUGGCAGUGAGUUUUCCCCGCACGGGGGUCAACAGCCAAAAGGUUUUUCUGAAGGGAGCCAAAGACUGUGUGGAGGCAGCCAAGAAACGCAUCACAGAGAUCAUCGAGGAGCUGGAGUCUCAGGUGAGUGUGGAGGUGGCGAUCCCUCAGCGCUACCACCGCGCCAUUAUGGGGCCCAAGGGCAGUCGCAUUCAGCAUCUCACCCGUGAGCACGAGGUCCAGAUCAAGUUCCCUGAGAGAGAAGACGCUCUUGCAGGUCUUGAGGGUUCACCACAGGAGAAUGGUGACAUCCCUCCAGAGGUUGAGUUUGUGCCCCGUAAGUGCGACAUGAUCAUGAUUUCAGGUCGAGCCGAGAAGUGUGAGCUGGCCAAAGUUGCUCUGCUAUCCUUGGUGCCUGUCACGGAGGACGUGGAGGCGUCUUAUGAGCUUCAUCGCUACAUCAUCGGGCAGAAGGGCAGCGGAAUCCGAAAGAUGAUGGAGGAGUAUGAGGUGAACAUCUGGGUGCCACAACCAGAGAAGCAGCUAGAUGUCAUCAAGGUGACGGGCCUGAUCGCCAAUGUGCAGCGAGCUAAGCAGGGUGUGCUUGAGCGGGUGAAAGAACUCCAGGCGGAACAGGAGGACAGGAUGCUGCGGAGCUUCAAGUUAACCAUGUCUGUAGAUCCAAAGUUCCAUCCCAAAAUCAUCGGACGCAAGGGGGCGGUCAUAUCCCAAAUCCGAAAAGAGCAUGACGUCAACAUACAGUUCCCAGACAAAGGAGACGAACAGCAGGACCUGAUCGUCAUCUCGGGGUACGAGGGGAAGGCGGAAGAGGCAUGUCAGGCAAUUAGGCAGCUGGUGGCCGAGCUUCAGGAGAUGGUGAGCCAAGAUGUGCACUUGGACCCGAGGACCCACGCCCGGAUUAUUGGCGCCCGUGGUAAAGCCAUACGCAAGCUGAUGGAGGAGUUCAAGGUGGAUAUCCGCUUCCCCCCACCAAACUCUGACGAGCCUGACAAAGUAACUGUGACGGGGCUUCCCGAGACUGUGGACGGCGCUAUAGAUCACCUGCUCAAUCUUGAGGAAGAAUAUAUUCUCAGCAUGACGGAAACUGAGACGUUGGCAUCAUACAUGAAGCCUCCGUCGCGCUUCGGGGGAGGUAAGGGCGGAGUGGACGAUGGCAACGGGGGUGCGACAAAAGGCUUUGUGGUGCGCGACGCCCCCUGGAACGCCGCAGGGAACAAGGCUCCUGACAUGACCAGCGCAGAGGACUUUCCCACGUUUGGGACAGGCAUGGCCCCCAAGCAGACGUCCGCCUGGGGUCCCAAGAAGUUCUGAAAGCAAAUCCACGGAGACAACAGACAUCUAAUUGCUGCUCACCUUUCUUUCUCCCGAACCUUGCCGCAGUGCAUUCUGGGAGAUCGGUUAUUUUCUCUUCCUUCUUUGCGCCCUGAGAGAGAACAAGAAUGUCGCACUCUCUUUAACGUCCCGCUCUGCCUCUUAGCUGGCCUAACCAUUGCUGGUCCAUUUCUAAAAGGUUUUGUUUUCGUCUUGCACAGGCUGCCAAACUCAACUCACUGCUAAUUCUGUUCCUGUGCUUGGCAGCAUGCGUGUGUGCGUGUGUGUGUGUGUGUGUGUGUGUGUGUGUGUGUGUGUGUGUGUGUGCGCGCGCGUGACUGUAGGCUUGUGAAAAUUAUUUUUAGGCAAAUCGGCCACUGUAGUUUUCUUUUUUUUAAAAAGGACUCAUGAUGAGGGGAAGUCCUGCACUGAUCUCAUGUUCUGUUUAUUUAUUCUUGGGAAAAAAUAAGGAGCCAUUUUAUUUGGAGUACUGUGAUCUACUGUUUUUUUUAAAAGCACCCACUGUAGCGACUUUGUGUUUGCGGGUGAACAAUGUUCUUAAGAGUCUGGCAACACGAUAGGCAGUGGUUACUGUUUGUGUACAAAGAGUUUUUGCUAUUUUUUUCAACUGUGAGGGAUUUUUUGUUGGUGGUGUAUUUGAAGGUGUGUGUGUUUGUAUGAAGCUGAACCAAACUUGGACUGACAUAGUCUUUUAUUCUAAGAGCUCCUCAUUUAUGGCUUGAUAUUUUUGGCAACAUGCACUCAGUGGCUGCUUAGAGGUGGGCGAUACCACACAUUUAGAUAUUAACCCAACACCAGGUAAAUACAGGUGCCGAUACCAACUACUAUUACUAACUAAUUUUUACUUGGCAUUUUUUAUGAUCAUUGAAUGAGUUUGUGAUUUUAGCCUCUAAUUUGUUGAUCAUGAUUUUAAUCCGAAUAAAACCCCGGACAAAUAUUCUAGGCAAACCAUAAAAACAUACAAACCAAAUUGUCAUAUUAUUUAAUUAUAAUUGUUCUAAUAUUAUUAAUAUGAUUUAAUCAAAAUAUUACAAUUACCCCCUUUCCAUCCAUCCAUUUUCUACCGCUUAUUCCCUUUGGGGUCGCUGGAGCCUAUCUCAGCUACCUCCUUAAUACAUACAAUUGUUUGAACAAGGCAAUAGUGCUAAAUAAAAAAGAAAAGUGGAAACUACUAGGCCUACUACUUUAUUGAAUUUAAGCAACGCAAAAAACAAAAACAAAAGCAUACAGAUAUCCGUGAGUACAUUUAGAAGGGAAGCAAAAAAUAUGCUAGUACCGCUCAUGCUUUAGUAUCGAUAAUGUCAACUAUUGGAUCGAUCCGCCCACCUCAACUGGUUGCCAGCAAAAGAAACUUUUAUGAUAUACUAAUUUUUAAAGCGUGUGUUUAAGUUAUCAUUUGUAGCAAAGCUUAUGAUUCAAAGUAGUCGCGCAGCAAUGUGGCAAUCAUUUAUAUAUAUUUUUUAGUUAAAUAUUACAUUUGCGGUUAAUUUUGACACAUUUCGCAUUUGCCUAAGCAUGGCAUUAAAAUGUCAUCAACAAAUGUUCAUUUAAUAGUUCUUAAAUCAAAACCUUGAUUUAAACUGACUGCUUGAAAUAAUUUUAGAAUGUCUUACCUUAUGACUGAAGCUCUUGGUCAAGCACUUAAGAGUACAGUUUAAAAAACAUUGUUUUAUGUCGCCUACAAUCUCCCAUGAUGCUUAGCGACUACUCCCGCCAUGCUAGGUGAUGCUGGGUUAGCUGAGUAAAAUGCGUUUAAAAAAUAAAAUAAAAUAGUAACUCGAGUCGUUAGGCAAAUGAGAUUUAUCCAAAAUGAUCACAACUGUAGAUUUUAGGAGAAAAAAACCCUCAGGGUCGAAUUAUAAAGUCCAAUUUGUUGCAUAAAGUCUUUUAAUAGCUGAUGACAGGUUGAUGAAACAGACUAUGCAACCCAGGGAUGUACUGUAUGCUAGCAGGUGUUCUACUUCAUUACAAGUACUUAUUUUCAUUGUUUAGCUUUUUGUUUGUUUAGAGUUGUAGAAGUCUUGACUUUGCUUCUUCAUGCUUGCUGUCUGAUCUUAAAAGGCGGGACAGAGCUGCCCUCCACAGCAGCUAUAAUUUUCUGUGAAAAGCUACCAAGAAAAACACACUAUUGGCCUUAAUAAGUAAGAAGUCAACAGCAUUUUGACUAAAAGUGUGAUUGUGCAACUACUGCAAUAAAAAAUGUCAGAUGACUUUGUUUUUUACUUUAAAUAAAGUUUGACAGAAAAUAAGCAUGUUCUUGAAGGUCUUUUGUUUGACCUUUUUCUGGCCAAAACAAACAAAACUUUCUGUGCAUACUGUCAGUUUAU